CAGGAGUUUAACUCGCUUUGAUUCAGAAAUUGUAGGUUCUACUCUGAUUUCCAAGUCCAGCAUCUGUUUGUUCUCAUAAAGCUUCUCGAUUCCCUCAAUCAUGUACCUGGUACACGCAUCCCCCUCGCUUCGAACCUGUUCCUCCAAUGGCCGAAGAGAUUAGCCUUCGAGAUGUCUCUGACUUCCUUAUUGGUCUGGUAAAGGAGGCAGCAGAUAUAAUCCUAGAUGCCAGGCCGACCACGAACACGGCGACCUCCAAGAAGAACACUGCAGAUAUUGUAACCGAGACAGACCAAGCAGUCGAGAAGUUCGUACAAGAAGCUCUAUCACGAAAGUACCCAACAUUCGCAUUCGUCGGCGAAGAGUCGUACAAGUCUGGUGUCAGGAUCACGGACCAGCCAACCUUCAUCGUAGAUCCCAUCGACGGGACCUCGAAUUUCGUACAUGGCUUCCCUGCAUCAUGCAUCUCGAUCGGUCUAGUAAUCAAUCGUCGACCUGUCGUCGGCGUGGUAUACAAUCCGUUUCAAGAAGAGCUAUGGAGCGCAGUGCAGGGCGAAGGUGCCUUCACACAACGGGCAAACCAUCCGAGACAGCAGUUGCCGCUCAACAAUACACCACUACAAGGUCUCGGACCAGCUUGUAUUGGCAUUGAAUGGGGCAGCGACAGAGAGGGACCCAACUUCGAGUUGAACCUGAAGGUCUUUACUACGUUGUCGCGCACGGCGGCUACUGGGGGACGAUUCGUGAACUCUCUGCGAUGUACGGGUUCGGCAGCUAUCACGAUAUGCAGAGUUGCAGCUGGGCAACAAGAAGCAUUUUGGGAAUGUGGAUGUUGGGCUUGGGAUGUUGCCGCCGCGUGGUGCAUUCUAGCUGAGGCGGGAGGUCUGAUGGUUGAUGGCCAUCCUGGCAAUUGGAGACCACCGAUUGAUAACCGGAGAUACCUGGCUGUGCGGCCUGCCGUAAGUGGUCAAGAAACAUUUGUAGAGGAGUUUUGGUCCGUCAUUGGGAAUGAUAGAUCAACAUACGGACCACCAAGUUGAUAGCAUUAAAAGAAGCUGUGUGG